GUGUCACCACACAGGCUGCUGGAAUGAGAAGCAGGGGAGCCAGGAUGCUGGGGUUGUAUCUCCUGAUGCUGUUGGCUCUGUUCCCCCAGUCCGGGAGUCAAGCUCUCACCUGCAUGGUUUACCAAAGCCGUGUAGACUGGACUCAGACAUUUAAUGACACCUGCCUCAAUUUCAGUGGCCUUGGCCUGUCCCUACCAAGAAGCCAACCCUUGCAGGCCAGCCAUGCUCAAGUCCUGGACCUGUCUAAGAACAACCUGCAGGUGCUCCCUGGGGUCUUCUUUGCCAGCCUGGAAAAGCUGCAAACCCUGAUUGUCACCCACAACCAUUUGAACAGUGUGGACCGGUCGCUGGCCCUACGCUGUGACCUGGAACUCAGGGCGGACUGCAGCUGUGGUCUGGCCUCCUGGCAUGACAUCCGCCAGAACUGCUCCGGGCAGCAGCAGCUGCUGUGUCUGCAUCCAGCCACCGCAGCUCCGAGGAACCUCUCCACCUUCCUUCAGGUCAGCUGUCCCCCAAGCUGGGGCUCGGGGACCAUUGCUGCCCUUGCUGCCGGGAUUAUCUUCCUGGCUUUGGCUGUCAGUGGAUCUGUGUGUGCCUGGAGACUUCUUCAACGACGACGAGCCAGAAAGCACGGCCUCAGCAAAGCCCAGAAUUCACACGAUGUCCCCAGACCAGUGACAGACUUCCUGCCAAGGUACAGCAGCCGGCGACCUGGCCCCAAGGUCCCAGAGUCGCCCCCCAGCAGGUUCACAGAGGACUAUGAGAAUGUCUUUGUUGGCCAGCCGGCUGAGGGAUCCUCAUGGGCUGCAGACAGAAGCUGCCCUUCUGGGGACAGUGACUGCUACAUGAACUACAGGAGUGUCGACCUGGACCCUCAGCCCAUCUAUUGCAACCUGGAGUCGCUGGGGCGAGGCCCAGCGGACGAGGAGCGUGUGGUCUCCUGGCGCUGAGCUCUGUCCAGCCUGUAGGAAUA